AUGGGCACGGCGAAGCUCGGCGGCCCCAGGCCUGUUCAUGGCGGCGGAAGCUCCAUCCAACAGCUGCUUGGGUGGGUGGCGCCCGCAGUGGAGGAGUCCAUAGCGGCGUGGGCGCGGUGGAGCUCGGCGACGGGCGGCGCGCCUCUGACUCUGGUUGACUGCUCGGAGCGAGAUAUCGGGAAAUGGAAACUUGACGGGACCGGAGCAGCAGGGACUGUCAAGCAGCACAUCUCCAGCUUGGUGGCGUCGUCGCUCCGUGCGACGGCGCCUCAAGUGGAUGCACAACCCAUGGUCGAGGUCUGCGCGCAAAACUUUGGCGACUACCAGUGCAACAACGCAAUGGGAUUGUGGCCAAGAGUUCAAGGAUCAGCCGGGACGAGUUUCGGAAACCCAAAUGCUAUCGGGCAGGCCAUCGCCGAGAACCUGCCUGCCUGUGAUGCUAUUGAAUCAACCUCUGUUGCUGGUCCUGGUUUUGUGAAUAUCGUACUAUCCAACACCUGGAUUGCAAAGAGAAUACAAGAUAUGCUUGUAAAUGGUAUCAAAACAUGGGCACCCAUUGUUCCAGUCAAGAGGGUAGUGCUUGAUUUCUCAUCCCCUAACAUCGCAAAGGAAAUGCAUGUUGGGCACCUUCGGUCCACAAUCAUUGGAGAGACACUGGCCCGCAUAUUUGAGUUCUUAAAUGUCUAUGUUCUCCGCCGCAAUCAUAUCGGAGACUGGGGUACACAGUUUGGAAUGCUCAUAGAAUUUCUAUUCGAAAAGUUUCCGAAUUGGGAGGAACUUGGCAGUCAGGCCAUUGGUGACCUACAGCUUUUCUAUAAAGCAUCCAAAGAAAGAUUCGAUAAUGAUGAACAAUUUAAGGUUAGGGCUCAGCAAGCUGUGGUUCGGUUACAGGGAGGGGGUGAGAAAUAUCGUACAGCUUGGAAAAGGAUAUGUCAGAUCAGCAGGAACGAGUUCGACGAGGUUUACAAGCUCUUAGAUGUACAACUUGAAGAAAAGGGCGAGAGCUUUUAUAAUCCUUAUAUCACACAAGUUUUGGAGGAAUUGAGUAACCAAGGUUUGAUAAAAGAAAGCAAGGGUGCUCGCGUAAUUUUCAUUGAAGGUCAUAAAAGCCCUUUGAUUGUGGUUAAAAGAGAUGGUGGCUUCAACUAUGCCUCAACAGACUUAGCUGCUCUUUGGUACCGGCUGAAUGUUGAGAAAGCGGAAUGGAUAAUAUAUGUAACAGAUGUUGGUCAGCAGCAGCACUUUGAUAUGAUUUUCAAGGCUGCCAGGAUGGCUGGUUGGCUCCCAGAUCCAAAUGAGAAGAAGUUCCCGAAAACAAGUCAUGUUGGGUUUGGCCUUGUUCUUGGUGCAGAUGGUAAGCGAUUUCGAACUCGUAGCACCGAGGUUGUUCGGUUAUGGGACCUACUUGAUGAGGCUAAAUCUCGAAGUAAAUCAGUACUUGUGGAACUUCUCGAUAAAAAGGGUAAACUUGUUGACUGGACUGAUGAGGAAUUAGAUAAAACUUCAAAGGAGCUAGGAUAUGGUGCUGUCAAGUACGCAGAUUUGAAGAACAAUAGACUCACUAAUUACACAUUUAGCUUUGAUCAGAUGCUAAGUGUUAAGGGAAAUACUGCUGUAUAUCUUCAGUAUGCUCAUGCUCGUAUUUGCUCCAUUAUAGGGAAAUCUAACAUCGAUGUAGAAGACCUAAAAAUGAAUGCGAGCAUUUCUCUUGGCCAUCCAGAUGAGCGUGCCUUGGGGCUGCAUCUUAUCCGUUUUGCAGAGGCUGUUGAAGAGGCAUGCAAUGAACUCCUUCCAAGCGUUCUAUGUGAGUACUUAUACAACUUAUCUGAAAUGUUCACAAGGUUCUACACCAGUUGCCAGGUGGUAGGAUCAGAGGAGGAGCCAAGCCGGGUGCUGCUCUGCGAAGCGACUGGGAUCGUCAUGAGACAGAUCUUCCAAUUUCUCGGAAUCACACCCGUUUACAAGCUGUGAUUGGCCGAUGUUUAGCCUUCACCUCAUGUACAUAUAUACAUCUGUGUUCCCACAGGUCCCUUUCCCAUGCUUUCUGUUUUCGUCCUUGUGUAGCCUGGUUGGCACCGGCCCUUAUAUUUGGGUCGAUUGCCCCAUUUGGGAAUUCAAGCAUGUUGAAACUCCGUAGCAAACGAUGGUCGAAACAUGUUUUUGCCUC